AUGUCGCACGUCGUUUUUCCGACUGACGGUGAGCGGAUGGCGCGUCCGCAGGCCAGCUCGGCGCUCUUUGCUGCUCUUGCUGCCAACACCGAGCGCUUCAGCCAGCCAUACCAGUACGCGAUUCCUCCGCUCCAGACCUCUGGCAUCAGCCGCCGACUGUCCAGUGCUGGCUACGACUCUCCCUCGUCUGGCCUGCCGAGCCCCACAUGGCCUACGCCGCCGCACACGCCGUCCAAGAGCCAGAAUGAGCCCAAGCCGCUGUUGCUCCCACCGUCGGUGGUGUCGUCGGCGUCUCCGAUCCGAAUGAGUCCACGUGCAAAUCCAAGGCGACUCAGCAAUGCCUCUGCCCGCUUCUCUCGUCGUGUCUCUCUCGCCAGCGCUUAUUCUCUCUCCCGCCCUCCCUCGAGCGCCCGUCUCCAGUCCCGCCAGGUCUCUGUCCGUCUUGCCUCGUCCGUCCGCAACUCGUCCUAUUCCAAUGGCAUGCCUGAAGAAACACUCGGAGAAGGAGAUGUCGUUGGUCAUGGCAUGAUCGUCAACGGCGAGCUCGUUACCGCUGUGACCAUGGCCAAUGGCGCCAACGCACGAUACGAAAUUGUCCGUAAACUCGGAAGUGGUUCCUAUGCUACUGUGUUCCUUGCCCGCGAGAUCCUGGCCGAGCCUGGUCCCCCGACCGAUAGCGACCUGCCGUUUGAGUGGAAUGGAUCGGACGACACCCAUGCAGAUCCCGACAUGACGAUCCGCCCCUCGAGUGCACGUAUCUACGGCCGGUCUUUUGCAAUCAAAUGUCUCUCUCGUGCGUCCCUCACAUCUCCCGAGAGUCUCGCCGUCCAGAUGCUUGAAGCCACCAUCCACGGAAGUCUCCCUGUCCACUCCAACGUCGUUACGCUCCAUGCAGCCCUCGAAAGCAACUCGUGCCUCUUCCUCGUCCUCGAAUACGUCCGCGGCCCUGACCUCUUCUACUUUCUCGAGCAGAGCCGCGAUACGUUCCCCCCGUCGCCUCUGUCUGAAGAACACGAACACGAAUUCACUCCCCGUGCCCCAUCCCAUGUCCCCGAGCAGAACCGCACCCCGCCAACCCCAUCGCUCCUUUCCGCCCUCGGGCCCAGUCUCAUCCUCAGUCCGACACGGCUCAAGCUCAUCGCGAGCAUGUUCAGGCAGAUGUGCGACGCCGUUGCUGCCUGCCAUGCCCAUGGAGUCUCCCACCGCGACAUCAAGCCCGAGAACUUUAUCGUCACCGAUGCUGAGAUCGGCGAGGACCGUCGCGUUGUCGUCAAGCUCUCUGACUUUGGUUUGGCUACGGUGAUGAUGAAAGCGCUGAUAUGGAUUGUGGAUCUGCUCCAAUGCCGAAACAACUGCGCACCCACCUACAAGCCCCGUGCAGCCGACGUCUGGUCUCUCGGCAUUGUCCUUAUCAACAUGCUCUACCACGUCAACCCCUGGUCCGACACAUUCGAAUCUGCCUGCCCAUCCUUUACAGCCUUCCGACUUGCACCCAUCGAGUUCUUCCUGUCCCGCUUUGCCGGCAUGACCCGCACCGUCGCUACAUUCCUCGCCACCCGCGUCUUUUGCAUCCCCGACACGAACCGCAUCGACGCUGAAGGGUUCGGCGAAUGGGUCAAGGACCUCGUCUCGCAUUUCGGCGAACCGGUUUCCGUAGGCGGUGUGGUUGUCAAGGGAUGCGUGCCCGUGCAGAGGGAAGGCCUCAUUGAUGUCGAGGGUGCCAAGGAGGUGUUGGGUCUCGGUUUGGUCUUGGCCGAAGAGGUUCAAGUGGUCCGUGAGGAAGGAGACGAAGGAGAAGAGGAAGAACCCAUGACGCCCGUCGCAGAGGAAAAAGAAAUCAUGCGCACGACGACUUCGGGAGCUAGGAAACGCGGCAAGCGAGCCAAAGUCCAAGACCUCGCUCGCGAGCUGUCUGCUCAGUCUGGAAAGAUGUCUCGCGAGAGUUCGGGUUCGGGCACUGGAAGCAAGUUGACCAAGAAGGCGAGCAAGUGGAGUUUGUUCCGUGUCAAGAACGAGGCGGGUGUCAAGAAGGAGCCGAGCUCUGGUGCUGGUGGUGGAUCGGCCGCGACGGUCAAGUCUCUGCUUACCAGCCUCGACGCUCAGCCUGCUAUGCCUGAGCCGAAGUAUGUGCACCCUCAUGCCCCUGGAGCAACGCACGUCCCGCACCCUCCGAUGGUGCACCAGCCGCUGCCGCCUCCUCCCGCUGCAACAACCGCCCCGACUCAGAUCCCGUUCCCGGUCCACGCGCCUCAUACACCUUCUCCCCUCGGCGGACGUCGUCCCGCAGACAGAUGGGGCGACUCGCCCAUCGGUCAAUUUGGCACGUCUCCGGUCGGCGCGAGCGGAAGAAUGUACAAGGCCCCCAGAGGGAGCGAUUCGAAUGUAUCGCUUACAGGUUCGGUCAAGUCCAACGGUCCAGGCUCGGUCAAUGCGUUCAGCGCACCCGCGCUUGCCAAUGCGUUCAACCCCCCUGCCCCAACCAGCGCAUACAGUCCUGUCCCAAUCCCCAACGCGGUCCCGCCCAACGCCCACAACGCCGCGCCGAUCCCCGAGUCUACGAGCGCGCCUCGGCCGCAGAAUCCAACAACUGGCGCCAGAGCACGUCGACCGUCUCCACUUCGUUCACCCACUUUUCCAACGGGUCGUCUCGCACGGUCUCGACCGUCGCGACCAGCGUCUCCGGCUCGGCCUCGAUGUAUUCCCAUCAUUCCAAGGGCUCGCCGGCCCCGAUCGAACGUCAAGUAUAUCGAAGGCACACCAUGGGAACUUGAUGCUCUUCCUCGUCAAGCCCACCCUCGAGUCAACGGCCAACUCGUCCAGGGCCACAUUCACGGUGGUCCGACCGGGUCUCGGAGGAAUAAGCCGCGCAACGCAAAUGGCCUAGGCACGAUCAGCGAAGGUGGAGAGCGCAAGAGCAUGAACCUUGAACGGCAACGGAGUGCGAGUCCCGAGGUUCCGAAGAAGGUUCAAAAGGGACAGAUUAAUACGCUUCGUGGAAUGUUGAGGGCCUUUGGAGCAGGAGGCAAGGAUUAA